AUGGCCUCCUCUUCCCUCUUCGCCGCCGGGCGCCGCCUUCUCCACUUGGGGCGCGGCAGGCUUCUCCAAGGCCGAGUCCGUCCCCACAAUCCCACUCCUCUGCUCCUCCCUGUGCGCGCCGCAUCCUCUCCUCCCUCCAACAGCGCCGAGAGGCCGCCGCGGCGACCCCCGGGCCUGCAGUCCACGCUGUGGCCGCUGGGCCACCCGGACACGCUUCUGGUGCCGGAGAUCGAGCGCUGGGCGGAGAAGCCCCGCAACCGCCUCCGCCCCGUGGAGCUCGAGCGCAUCGUCAAAGAGCUCCGCAAGCGCCGCCGCCACCGCCAGGCCCUCGAGGUCUCCGAAUGGAUGAGUGCUAAGGGUCAUGUCAGAUUUUUGCCAAAGGAUCAUGCUGUUCACCUGGAUUUGAUCGGUCAAGUUCGUGGAAUCGGAGCAGCAGAAGCCUAUUUCAAUCAACUGCCUGAUAAAGAUAAGACGGAGAAACCCUACGGUGCACUCCUGAACUGCUACACACGAGAACUCAUGGUUGAUGAAUCCUUGGCUCAUUUUCAGAAGAUGAAAGAGCUGGGUUUUGUGUUCUGCAGUCUCCCCUACAACAACCUCAUGGGCCUCUAUACUAACAUAGGACAGCAUGAGAAGGUCCCUUCAGUGAUAGCAGAGAUGAAAAGGAGUGGUAUCAUGCCUGACAACUUCAGCUACAGAAUUUGCAUAAACUCUUAUGGCACACGGGCAGAUUUUUUCGGGAUGGAGAACACCCUGGAAGAUAUGGAGUGUGAGCCUCAAAUUGUAGUCGAUUGGAAUACCUAUGCCGUUGCGGCGAGCAACUACAUUAAGGGCAACCUAAGGGAGAAGGCAAUCUCUGCCUUAAAGAAAGCAGAAGCAAAAAUUGACAUAAAAGAUUCAGAUACCUACAACCACCUGAUGUCCCUCUACGGCCAGCUGGGGGACAAGUCAGAGGUGAAGAGGCUGUGGGCACUCCAAAUGUCAAACUGCAAGAGGCAUAUUAAUAAGGACUACACUACAAUGCUUGCAAUGCUUGUGAGACUUGAUGAAAUUGAAGAAGCUGAGGCCUUGUUGAAAGAGUGGGAGUCGAGCGAAAACACAUUCGACUUCCAUGUUCCGAAUGUCUUGAUCACUGGAUACCGACAGAAGGACAUGCUGGACAAGGCCGAAGCGCUGCUGGAUGACUUCUUGAAGAAGGGAAAGAUGCCUCCUUCGAGCAGUUGGGCCAUCGUGGCAAUCGGCUAUGCUGAGAAAGGUGAUGCUGCGAAAGCCUAUGAGUUGACAAAAAAUGCCCUUUGUGUUUACGCUCCGAGGAGCGGCUGGAUCCCGAGGCCUGCGAUGAUUGAGAUGAUACUCAAGUAUCUUGGAGACGAAGGUGAUCUCAAGGAUGUUGAAACUUUCAUUCAACUGCUGCAAGCUGCUAUGCCUAUGAACUUAGAUAUGACCGACGUUUUGUCAAGGGCUCGUAUGAGAGAAGAAAAGAAGGCUGGAGAUGCAGAGAAGGAAGCCCUAAGCUCAACAAAGGCAUCAGGAUAA